AUGAGUCAAAAUAGCAGAGCAUUCGAAAAUGCUCGUCGACCUUUCCGUACCAAAAAUUUGAUCACGGCAUUGGGAUUAGGUGGACUCGCUCUUGGUACAUUCGCAUACUCUAUCUAUAAAGUGCACCAAGAUACCCUUGAAGAUGUUGUAAUGACUCCAGAAAUCCGUGAAAAGAUUGAGCGCGAACGGAAACAGUCUCAAGAACUGCAAGACCAGAGUUCAAUGAAAAAUCCUCCAACUUAA